GGAGGUUGUCACAUCCGCUUCCGCUGUCGGCUCGUUUCUGUUGCUGCUCUGUCCGUGCUAGAAAAGUGACCCAGAUUUGUGCUGAUGGCGAACAGAACGGUUAAAGAUGCGCAUAGUAUACACGGGACCAACCCGCAGUAUCUGGUGGAGAAAAUUAUCCGGACCCGAAUCUACGAGUCCAAAUACUGGAAGGAGGAGUGUUUCGGUCUGACCGCUGAGCUGGUUGUUGACAAAGCAAUGGAGCUGAAAUACGUUGGAGGAGUCUAUGGUGGCAACAUUAAGCCCACUCCCUUCCUUUGCCUCGCGCUAAAGAUGCUGCAGAUUCAACCAGAAAAAGACAUCAUUGUGGAGUUCAUCAAAAAUGAGGAUUUUAAAUACGUUCGUUUACUUGGAGCAAUGUACAUGAGACUAACUGGUACUGCAGUGGAUUGUUACAAAUACCUGGAGCCUCUGUACAAUGACUACAGAAAGAUUAAGGGUCAGAACAGAAAUGGAGAAUUUGAGUUGAUGCACGUGGACGAAUUUAUAGAUGAACUUCUUCACGCAGAGAGGCUGUGUGACAUCAUUCUGCCCCGCCUUCAGAAGAGACAAGUUCUAGAGGAGGCCGAGAUGUUGGACCCACGGAUCAGCGCUCUGGAGGAAGAUCUGGAUGAGGUGGAGAGCAGUGAGGAAGAGGAAGAGGAGGAAGAGAAGCUGGAGAGACCCCAGACCCCUGAACCUCACAGACGUGGUUAUCGUGACAAAGACAGACCUCGACGUUCCCCGUCACCUCGGUACCGUCGGAGCCGCUCACCACGACGAAGGAGCAGAUCUCCAAAGAGACGAAGCCCGUCGCCGCGGAGAGAACGGCAUCGCAGCAAGAGCCCCCGCCGGCAUCGCAGCAGGUCCAGAGACAGACGCCACCGCUCCAAAUCCCCAGGUCACCACAGAAGCCACAGACAUCGCAGCCACUCCAAGUCUCCAGAGAGAAGUUCAAAGAAGAGUCACAAGAAGAGUCGAAGAGGAAACGAGUGACUGAUGAUUUUUUUUUGUUUGUUUGUUUGUUGUAAUUUUUUAACUUCUAAAUGUCGGAGGUCUCGUCUGUAAACCAACCAAUUUUUUAUUAUUUUUAAAAUAGCUAAUAAUUGCAGCUUUAGAUUUCAGAGCACUGAUGCAGAUUAGAGCCAGCUGUGUUUGUACAGUCGCAGUCGGUCACUGAAAGGAAACCCUCCGUGUUUACAGAUGCCUGUAAAAUACACGUCACAGUCUGAGAUGACGUUUUCCAGGACACAAACUGGUUCAAGUAGCGGUGUUGAAGUUUGGUUCUUGAGGAAGACGAGGACGCAGAUGUUUGUCAUUCAUUUAACUGAAACUGUGGUUCAGCUUUAUCCAGGUGUGAAGGAAUUAGUGUUUUUCUGGGUUUAAUUCUGCUUAUUUUGUAUCAAGAAACUAAUUAGAUGAUCAUCCUCAAAUAUGUUGGCAUAAAAUAAAAUUUUUGACAGUUGAAAAA